UGUUCAAUUUGGAUAAUCAGAUUUUCAUUUAAAAUAGAGAAUCAUUUUUAUCCAUGAUUAUUGUGUCAAUUUUAUCGUAAUUGUUUCAAUUCUUGUCGUUAAUUAUCAAAAUUAACUGAAAUAAUUUAAAAAAUUUGAGAACCUCAACUUGAGAUUGUCUGUUAUUAGUAUGUGGUCCCUUCUGAAAUUGUAAACAAUUUGGUUGUUUUUGUCUAUUAAAUUAUUUCUUCUAAUUGAUUUUAAUUGUGUUUUCAUGUGAAUUGAAUAGUUGUUUUUGAAAUGAGUUCUAAAUCAUUAAUACGUCCAGUUGACCAUAAAGAAUAUCUUCGGAUUAAAUAUGGUGAUGGUGAUCAUAUAAGUGGAAAGGUGAAGAAAAAGAAAAAAAAAGGAAUCGAUGAAAUUAGCAAAGGAACUAAUUUAAGAAUCUAUGAUGAUGAUAUUGAGAUGCAAAAGGUGAAAAGUAAAAAGGUAACUGAUGAUUUGGACAUCUACUUUGGUGUUGAUGAAGACAAACCCGUAAUUCAAGAUAUAAUUGACGAUAGACCGACAGCUGCUAAGAAUCGAGACAAACAAGGGUCGAAAUGGAGACCAGUGGGAUCUGUUGAUGAUGAAGAGACAACGGAUAAAAAUAGACUCACUAAGGAUUCGAGAUCAUCUAAAUCUACUAAAAAGGAUAAGAAGAAAGAUAAAGUCAAACAUGGAAUAACAUCAGCUGCUGAAAUGAGAGAAGAGAGAAAAAAAUUGAAAGAGCAAGAAGCUCAAAUGUUCAGAUCUAUGGACCCGAAAAUUUCUGGUAAAGGAGCUAAAUCUGUUUAUCGUGAUAAGAAAACUGGAAGAAUACGAGAUUUAGAGAAAGAAGAAGCCGAUGCUAAAGCAAGAAAGGAAGAAUUGGAAGCCAAGACCGCAAAAGAGAGGCAAAAGUUCAAAGAAAUGACCGUUGGUAUAAAGCAAGUGGAAGAAGAGAAAAAGAGAAUAGAAGAAGAAGAAAAAGUUAUGGCAAAACCAUUGGCUCGAUAUGAAGACGAUGCUGAUUUCGAUGAAUAUUGUGCUCAACAAGGUGUUGCUGGUGAUCCAAUGUUAGCUUAUUUGAAUGAAAAAGAGAAAGAGAAAGCAAAAGAGAAAGAAAGUGAAACUGACGAUAAGAAAAAGGCGAAAAUACCAUGGAGAGGAUCCGUUCAAGCUCCACCAAAUAGAUUCAAUAUUCUGCCAGGACACCGUUGGGAUGGUGUCGAUCGUAGUAAUGGUUACGAACAAAAAUAUUUCGCUCGUUUAGCGGAAAAAGAAGCAACAAAAGAAGAGGCCUAUCGGUGGUCAACCGAAGAUAUGUAAAAAUUGACCUUUUAAAUUGUAAAAAAAUCAUCGUAAAUAUAACAUCUUUUGUCACAA